AUGUGCCUGAUAUUACUUACAUUGUACAGUAAUUUAGGAUCUGUUUUUUUUAUAGAUGCAACAAUAAGUAAUUCUGCAGAAGAUACUUUAGAUCCAGUAACUGAUUGCGAUUCUCGUAAAAAAAAAUCUUUUCAUAAUCAAAAAAAAACAACAGCACCAGUUGUAUCAGUUGAACAUCUUAACAAUUCACUUGAUAAACAUAUGAUUCAUUCUUCGUUGGUGGAUCCGAUUCCAGAUGAUGAUCAAGGUGAUGUUUCUGACGAGUAUGAAGAAUUAACAUUAUCUUCCCGACCAUUUCCAUUAACACCAGCUACCAAACGAGCUUAUAAAGGAACAUCAUCUGUAAGUGUUUAUAGUUAUUUGGAAGUUAAUUACAUGUACUAA